AUGAGCAUGAACCGGCCUCGCGGGCGAUGCCCGUCUUCAAAGGUGAUUGUCAGCUCCUGUUCCGAGGUGCUCAUGGAUGCGCAUCCCCUCCUUGCAAGUCAGGCGGCUGAAGAGCUGGCAAUCAAGGUUGCCGGGGGGCACUUGAUGGAGGACGACCUUUUCUGGAAAUGUUUGAGAGCCCACUUCUUCGAGAGCGACCUCACGCUCGCACUACAAAUCAUCGCCAAGGCAAGCUGUGCCAGCGCAGAUGUUGCUCCUGGAGGCAUGUUCAGUCAGUCCAUUGAGGAAGCCGAGAUUGAUCGCCGCAAUGUCAAGUGUGGGGCUGAGGACACGAUGGAGGAGGGAUUGCCAGCUCUUCUGACGGUGCGUCAGCAUCAUGUGGAGGUACCUUCGAAAGUGCUGCAGCUGGACAUCAUUGGGGCUCCCGCCGAGAGGAGGCCCGAGCUCGAAGAGAUCGGCGGCAACAUGCAGGGCCUGGCGGAGGUUGUGCGGCCAUGGUGCUGCACAGUCCAUGAGGAGACAGAGGGUGACAAGGUCAUCAAUGACCUUGAAGGCGUGAUUACAGAGAAGCAGCGUGAGGUCGAGGCCCUGCAGGCCAGUUUGAAGUCCGGCAGCCUCGAUCUGAAGGCCGGAGGGGAGGCGGACGAGACGCAAGGAGGGUCGAGCUCAAGCUCUUCGCUGCCUAUGGAUGCGCCGGACGCAGAUCGAGUCGAAGAGCUCUCAGACAAAGCGUACGCGCGCUACCAUUGGCAGCUCUACACCAGCACCGAUGCUGAGUCAGGGACCCGGCCAAGAGACCAACGUGCCUUGCGAGAGCAAUUCCAGCAGGAGCGCCGAGCCUUGCAGGCUCAAAACCAGAUCCAGAAGCCAAACAAGACCAAGAAGGCUCGCUGGAACAACUACUACGGCAGCUAUGACGGCCAUGGCAGCUAUGGCGGGUAUGGCCGCUACGGCCACGUCGGCUAUGGUUGCUACGGCAACUGCUAUUGCUACUGA